UUGUUGACUGAAAUAUUUCUUCUCUAUAGAGAAACAUGUUACCCUCUUUUGCCCUUGCUGAAGGUACAGCCCUGAACAGAAGCUAUAUAACAGACUGACACUCUAGAAGGGUACUCAGUUAUGGGGGCGGCGGCGGUGGUGACCUUGGUGCUGUGUAGUUGUGCGACGCUCGUCUCAGGCCAGGGAGGGCGGUUCGGGGGCGUCGGAGGCACCAACAUUAACCCCAUUCUCCAGAACAGAAGGAUCGUAGACGCUCAAGUCCGUUGUAUCCAAGGCGUCGCCCCUUGUGACAGUUUGGGGAACCAUUUGAUAACAACUGAAAUCCUUCAGUCUCAGACAGCUCUCGGUCCCCAGAGGCGUUCAACCCCUGGAUGCUUUCGGUCACGGGCAAGACGCAGUCGCGUAGUGUGCGGGCGCCGUGAAGUCAUGACGACCGCGACGUUGGGUUUCGUGAUCUGUGCGUGUUUACUAUCCGCAGUUCGGGCGCAGUUCGGAAACGUCGAUCCUACGCCUUUCCUCCAGAACCGGGCGUUCGUGCAGCAGCAGUUGAGGUGCGUCGUGGGCACUGGAGGAUGUGACUUUGUGGGGCAGUUCUUGCAGAGGGCUGUGACGGAAGUGGUUGGUCGGAACUGCGCUCGAUGUACCCCCCAACAGGCCGCCAACGCCAGGAGACUGCUGGAGUAUAUACGCACCAACUAUCCAACAGAGUAUAGUCAAAUCAUCAGCAGAUACUCCGGAUAAAAAAAUUGUAAUAGUGUAAUUUGUUGAAUUGUACCAAUAAAUAUAUAUUUUGU